CAUUGUGGCGCGCGUGUUGUUUUGUGUUCAUUCGUCAGCUGUUCGCCGCACCAGACGCGUGCACACCACUGUAUUGUCCACACGCACGUAUCGGUAACAAAUAAGCGUUUUUCCGUUUCUUGUCGCGUUGUCGUUUCCUCGUCGAAUCUGUACCGACAGCGAGUCGACUUGACGUGGUCACCUACCUCCGACAUCGUUACACUUUCCACCGCCGCCGCCGACACAGCGACUUGCCGACAGACGACACCGCAGCUACCGUCGUCGUCCGCGCAGUUACACUGGAUGCAUUUGAACUUCAUGUUUCAACCCGUAACCGAGUACCGCUGACUAGAGCACCAUGGUCAAGACGUUUCAGGCGUAUCUGCCGGACUGCCACAGGACAUACUCUUGCAUUCAUUGCAGAGCACACUUGGCAAAUCACGACGAACUUAUAUCCAAGUCUUUUCAAGGCAGUCAAGGAAGAGCAUACCUUUUCAAUUCUGUUGUAAACGUUGGAUGCGGUCCAGCAGAAGAAAGGAUUUUGUUGACCGGACUACAUGCAGUCGCCGAUAUAUAUUGUGAAUGCUGUAAGACCACCCUGGGUUGGAAAUACGAACACGCGUUCGAAUCCAGCCAGAAAUACAAGGAGGGCAAGUACAUAAUCGAAAUGGCACACAUGAUCAAAGAAAACGGCUGGGAGAGUCCGCCGAAAAAAUGAACUCCUAUCGUCUUUCUAUCUAUCUCUCUCUUUGUCUUUCCCGUCAUGCGUUUCUCUCGUCAAAUUCUCUUUGUUUUUCCCUGUCCACUCUACUCUACCAACGCAUACCUACCCAACCACACCAAAAUUCACUCUCUCUUUUUUUUUAAUCCAAUCUCGAAAAGUUUGACGUUUUUCCGGACAAUCUGUUGUUGGUAUUGCCAACGAAUGUUCACCGUGACCGCGACAAAUGUUAUCACACAGUUAUGGCCACAACGAAGGUGAAUAAAAUUAUAUUCACGCUUGUCAUAAUAUUAUCGCCAUCGACCUAGCUCCGCUGGAUAUGCAUGCGCAAGCGAUCAACGGUAAAUGACGGAGGGAAAUCUCAAUUAAUACACUGAAGUUAACGCUAGCCGAUUAGAUUACGGUCUUAUUAUAAUUAUUGAUGGAGUAGUAAUUAACUAAUGGUGUACCUAUUUAUAAUAUUAAGUAUUUUUGUGAUAACGUGAUCGUAUAUAAGAGUAAUAACUAAUAGUAAGUAAAUUCGGCACUGUGAAUCGAUUGAAAAAAAAACAACACAAAAUUAGAGAUGAAUACUCAUCUUCCAAAGCUUUUUACUCGAUGCAUAUUAUAUUUAAUAAUUAUGGCCACAAAAAUAGAUUUAUCAGUUUAUUGAUAUUUCGAAAUAGUGAAAAAAAUAACUAUAAGUUCUUGCGUUGUAC